CUCUCUUCUCAUCACUGCAAGAAAGAUUUUCUGAUACAACAAUCACUCAACACUUUUUAUCAGUUCUCAGAAAUAAGCAUCAACUUCAGCUAAAUAGCAAUCACUACUUUUCGUAGAAGAAAAUGGAGAAGACCAACCAGACAGUGGGCCAAUUAGGGGAUAAGGCUAGAGAGGGAAAGGACAAGGCCUAUGAGACGGCCGAGGCUGCCAAAGAGAAGACCUCAAGCGCAGCCCAAUCAGCCAAAGAAAAGGCCUCCCAAACUGCCGAGGCCGCGAAGGAGAAGACCUCGGAGACGGCCCAAGCGGCCCGCGGGAAAUCCGAGGCCGGCAAGGUGGAGACCGGUGGGAUAAUCCAGAAGACUGGGGAUCAAGUGAAGAGCAUGGCCCAAGGUGCACAGAACAUGGCCCAAGGUGCACUAGAUGCUGUGAAGCACACUGCUGGCAUUGGCACAGAAGAUGGGAAUGCAAAGAAAUGAAAGAAUACUAACUCCCCUCACCCCAAAGAGGGGUAUUAAAAGGACUAGAUUGGGGAGGUAGUGUUGGUAAUAAGACCUUGUUGCCACUUUGUUUAUGGUUCUGUGAUUUCAGUGUUUAUUUUGUUGUUGGGCAUGCUUUUUAAUCAUGUCCUAGUCCCUUUCCUUUUCAGAGGCAAGGGGUGUUUCUAUUUGGGUUUUUAAUGUAAUUUUAAAUUAAAAGAAAUGAAAUUAUGCAUUAUUGGUUUUCA